GUGGAACUGAAAGCAGUGCUUACCUUUGCGACAGUCGAAAUAGAUAUCAGCAUAGUUUCGUAGCUUUGUAAAUAUUUGUGAUGAUUUGCCGGCAACUCUCUUUUGUUAUACUUACAUUGGCAUUGACGCGCUGCGUCAUAGCUGAAGCUAUCGAUGAAAUCGAACUAGAACGUUUUUGUUAUCCUGAGCAACAUAAAAAUACCCGUAAAUCUUGUGAAUGUAGUAAUGAAGAUUCGCCUCCAUGGGGAAUACGCUCCAUAAACAUAGAUUGUAGUUACAAGAUGAUGAAAACAAGCGAUUUUUCUGAAGUGCUGCCGCUCUAUGUGAAUACUUUGGAUUUGUCGUGGAACAAAAUGGAUGAAGUGCCCACAUUAGCUAGUGACAGUUUGCGUGUGCUGAAUGUUAUGCACAACAACAUUACCAAAUUAACCAACAAAAAGUUUGUCAAGGUUUCUAAUCUCCGUGAACUCUACUUGGGCUGGAACAGCAUACAAUCAAUCGAGUUGAGCACUUUCGACGAGUUAGCACACCUACAAGUACUGGAUUUAUCACACAAUAAUGUCCAUACGUUGGGCCUACAGUUGUUCCGUUCGUUGAUUAUACUGGAGACUUUGGAUUUGUCAUGGAAUCGACUAUUAAACCAAACUGAGGGAAUUCAAGACCAGGACUUUUAUCGUACUUUUGGUGUAAAUACGAAACUUAAGACCUUGCGCAUGCAAGCCUGUAGUUUAAGAGAUCUGGUUUUACCCGAAAAGGUGCCACUCAUAAAAUUAGAUUUACGACGCAAUUUGCUAGAAAAAAUUCCAACGAAGCUUCCUGUUACCUUGGAGAUACUUGAUAUCAGUGCUAAUCUAUUCCAGAACAUUUCGUCAGUGAUUACAGCUAAUUUGUCAUCCACGAUGAGUGAGUUAUUGAUGGAGGAUAUGCCGCGUCUGCAGUCUGUCGAAGAGAAUGCUUUCGAAACACUGAUUGGAUUGAAAAAGAUCAGUUUUCAGAACAGUCGCCGUUUAACAAAGUUCAGUAGCAACACAUUUGGUUCUGAUGUUGGUCGCUUUCCAGCGUUACGAACACUGAUUUUUCGUGGCACUUCAAUUGGCUCAUUUAAUUCUACUUUGGAGCCUAUUUUCAAACAACUCACCGAGUUGGAUUUCAAUGGUGUACCGCUUAUCUGCGACUGCGAAUUAGUAUGGAUCAAAGAGAUACAAUUAGAAACUAAUGGUCGUUGCUAUCAUCCCUCCCAGUUGAGGGGAGAAUCCCUAACGAGUGUCGAUAAAUCAGAAUUCAGUUGCCCUAAAUGGCCUCACUGGGUCGGCGGGCUCUUCAUUUUCGGACUUAUAUUGCUGUGUACCGUUGGAAUUUGUGCAGUAGUUAUGUGUCUACGGCCGAAUAGGGGUGGGGUUAUUCUACGUCGGCAUGUGGGGUCAGGCAGCCCAUAUGCCAGAGUUACCAUUGAACCAAACAGACAGGAAAACUAUUACUGAUACAUACAAUUAUGUACUAAGUUUAGUUUAUACAAAUGCCUACAUAUGUACAUACAUAUGUACAAAGGGGUUUAAAUGUAUUAAUAAAUAUUAUAUAUGUUAUAUUGAUAUGUGUUUGGUUAAGUAUUAGGAAAUAAAGAUUAGUCAAAUAAA